AUGAAACCAACUAAAACUAAAAAACAAGUAAUUGUGGUACCUACCACCCAAAAAACUAUGGUAAAAACCAAACCAGUCAAAACAUUGACUAAAUCCCGCCCUAUCCGCUCUAAAUCUAAUACUCUAGCUUAUUAUAAUUGCCUGAUUGACCAAGUGGCUAAUCCGGUAAAUGAUAAAGUCAAAAUUACCAAGUUAGCCCAUCAUUGUAAAUGUAAAAAAGGAGAAGUCGCCGUCGCUCGUCAGGAACAUAAAGCCCAGUUAGUUCAAAAAUUAGCCCAAAGUUAUAAAAAUUUCGGAGAAAGUUUAGGUCAUUAUCUACAUGCUGAUAUUGUGGGUUGUGCCAAGGAAUUAAAGAAAUAA